CUUCCACGUAGUAGGUAUUCCUAUGAAAAAGGCGAUCAAACCAGUGAAGGAAAUAAUCCAAAUAAUCCUGUCCAAAAGCAAAAAAAAUCAGGAAAUGAAUUGAGCACCUAGAACCAUGUCGCGCAUUAUUAUGACAAGAAUGGAAAUCCACAAUUAAGAUCCUUGAUAAAAAAAUAGUUGUAAACAAUGCGCAAGUAACGUUAUGUACAUAACGAGAUAAAAUUAUCUUAAAACUAGAUUUAUUCCACGCGCAAACCCAUUUUACUUUGAACUUUGCGUGACAACGUUCUUUCAAAUAUUUUAAGCGAAUCAGUGACGAAGUUGCUGAAAUUAAAGUUCAGGAUAUGCUGGUGUCGAACUUCAAGGUUGAGCUACUGUAACUGAAGACACUAUAUUAAACAAAUCAUGUAGCAUCAAGUCAGUAUUGAAAUGUAUUUACUAUGACAUCGUUCAGUGAACGUUUUAAUUAAUUUGUGACUAAACCAGUUGUUUUGUAUAAUGUGUUGCGAAAAAUGAGUGAAGUGGACUUAACAGGUUUAGCUCAAGGUGGUAAAGAACAGGUUGAUUCGAAACCGCUUACGCCUAUGCAAGAAGUAAACGCUGCUCUGAAGGAAUGCGGUUUCGGCAUAUUUCACGCAAGGCUCCUCCUGACGUCUUUCAUAGGAAUAAUUGCAAGUGUCCUAGUCAGCACUUCCACAUCAUAUUUACUACCGAGCGCAGAAUGCGACCUUCAUAUGGAUUUAGUGCAGAAGGGGCUAUUAAAUGCGAUACCAUAUUUUGGAAUGUUAUUUUCGUCUGUGAUAGCCGGAUUCUUAACUGAUACUUUCGGAAGAAAAAUUUUCAUCACCACUGGACUGUCCGGCAUAUUUAUUUUCACAAAUGUGGCUGCAUCCAGUCAAGUUUACAAUGUACUGAUUGCCGCCAAAUUCUUUGAGGGCUUUCUAUUUGCUACAGCAUUUAGCGCAGCCGUUACUCUCACGUCUGAGUUUUGUCACAAUGGUAUUCGAGAUAGAGUAUUGAUAUGCCAAUCUUCUUUUAUAGCUAUGGCUCAAAUCAUCAUAGCUUGUUUAUCUUGGGUGAUUCUCACUAAUGAUUGGCAUGUAAGUUUCUUCGAUGGAGGAUUCGUUUUAAAUACGUGGAACUUUUACUUGGCUAUUAUGUCUUUGUGGUCACUAGUUGCUACCAUACUAUACCUUUUUAUACCGGAAAGUCCAAAAUAUUUGGUGACCCAAAGUAAGUUUGAAGAAGCGAGAGCCAUCUUGUUGAAAAUAUACAAAACCAAUACAGGGAACUCUGAGGAGAACUUCAAGUACAAAGAUUUGUGGAAGAAAUCUAAAGCGACUAUACCAGAGGAGACAGAUAAAAUUAAUAGGAGUUUCUCACAUAACCUCGUGGUUGGUCUACACAAUACAAAACCUAUGUUCAAAAGACCGCUAGUAUUACAUCUUAUACUUAUAUGUACCAUGAACUUCUUCAUAAUGUCACUCUACAACGUUUUGCGGUUGUGGUACCCCCAAGUAUCGACUGUCAUAGAACACAACAGUUUUGUGACACCCGAUGGGGAGAACCAAAACCUUUGCGGCAUGCUUGAUUCAUACACGAGUACAUUUCGAAAUGAUAACAAGACGACGUCGGAUAUUUGUGUUCCCGUAAAAAGCGGCUCUGAAACUUACAUCAACAGCAUCAUCAUCGGCUUUAUCUGCAUCAUUCCGUUUUUCAUCAGCGGGAUUCUAGUCAACAGGAUCGGAAAGAAACCCCUCCUCAUAACUGCCACGAUGAUCUCCCUGGCUGCUACUUUCAGUUUGAGAUUUGCCAGUUCCAAAGUUGCUGUUGUCACAUUAUUCGCAUUGAACACGGCCAUUUUGCAGAUGUUGAUGAGUCUAAGUCAAGCUGUUGUGAUCGAGUUUUUUCCAACAACAACCAGGACCUUGGCAAUCUCCAUGAUAAUGAUGGCCGGAAGAAUCGGUACUCUAGUCGGGAAUGUAUCGUUCCCUGUUUUACUGAAAAUGGCAUGUGUCAUUCCAUUCUCCACCAUGUCUGGAAUGAUGUUAUGUGUCGUGACAAUAUCCAUGUUUCUACCGUCGAAGAAGAAGUAAACACAUAGUAUUAAUUAGUUAAAUAAUUUACUGAAAUAAACAUGUUUUAACAAGCUGUGUUUCAUUAUUCUAUCUUCACGCCGAGUCCCAGCUAAGGUACGCAGAGAAUAGAGCUCCAGAUUUUCCCUCUGGAUCAAGAGCACUAGCAGCACCCAGCAUCGAGUGAUCCAGAACCUUUCCGAUAAGCUUGAUCCUGUGGCUUUGUGUAGAGAUGCAGCUUCGUUCUGCAUCUUCUAUCGCAUUCAUCACGGGGAGUGCUCAGAGGAAUUGUUCGGAUCAAUUCAGAUGCUGCUUGUCGCCACUGUACAUUGCAACAAUCAUUCCUAUUGUCACAAACGCUCUCGAAACGGAACCGCGAAUGUGCUAGAGUUCGAAUGUGCCAGAGCACUGCGGGUCGCGAUAGAGGUCGAGUAAUGCGGCUCAUUCUAAAAUGAGCCUUAUGCAGUGCGGCGUCAGGGAGAAAGUGCAACAACAUCUGCACUUGUUUACAAGCUAUGCGCGUUACCUGCGUAGGUAUAAGUAGGUAAUUUGUAUUCGCGGGUGCUAGCUAAUGCUCAAUUUAACAGGUACUUUCUAGAAUGCGUUUAUCGGCGUAUAUAAGCGCGAUUGGCGCCGCGCAGAGACAGUUGAGUUAUAACAGCGAUUUCGGAGAGAAUCCAAAGGCGAUCAAAGUGCAACAAAAGUGUUCAAGUGCGAUUGUUUAGAGAUUUGUAUAGUCAAAUACAGUAUUU